UGAACGAUUCUCAAAAGUGACUGAAGAACUCACGCAACGCAAUUGGCGAUUUUUUUUGUUAUAUUUUCAUUGUAUCACAUCCAGUUUCCCUCAAAACUAGUAAAACAGUGUUUACAUUGGAUAUUCGUACACUUUAUACUAUACGACAUUACUGUCUAUCGGUUAAAGUUACUGGUUAAAAAUGUCUUCACCGACUGAGGAAAGCAUUAGACGAAACAGUGAAAGCGAGGGAGGCGAAGUGGAAACCCCAGAGCAUGACCCCCAUUACGACCCCAUAGUGUCCCUGCCGCUGGUGGACGUGCAGACGAACGAGGAGGACGAGGAGGAGCUCGUGAAGAUCCGCGCGCGGCUCUACAGAUACGACACGGCGGAUCACGAGUGGAAGGAGCGCGGCACAGGCGAUAUUAAGCUCCUCCGGCACAAGGCCAACAACACGGUCCGCGUGGUGAUGCGCCGAGACAAGACGCACAAAGUGUGCGCCAAUCACUUCAUCACGCCCGACAUCCGUAUGAACGUGCACUGCGGCUCGGAUAAGGCUUUCAACUGGUCCGUGUUUGCUGACUUCGCCGAUGAGACCAUGAAACAAGAGCUGCUGGCUAUCAAGUUUGGAAAUCCUCAAAAUGCUGAACUGUGGAAGGCGAAAUUUGCCGAAGCGCAAGAAAUAGUCCGGACCAAAUGCAGCCUCUACACCCAGGAUCUGUCGUCUGAUGAUGAGAGCAGCAUCACUCGGAGCGAGGAUACUGACACUCCAGAGCCAAAGAGUAUCGACAAGGCAGAUGAGAAAACCACAGAUAAAAAUGAGAAAGAUUCAGAAGGUGUUAUCCUCAAGCUGAAAGAGCUUACAGUGGAAAGUGAAAAAUCGGAAUAACUUGCUUAGUUUAGUCUAGUUUGUUAGUGUACUGUAACAUGUAAUGUUUUAUUAUUAAUAACGUCAAAACUGCCCCAGGUUGUAAUGUAUCGAA